UGCGCGCCAUCUGCCUCGUUUCUGUGGAGGACGUUGGACAUGGGACACCUUGGAGCUGUAUUUCUUCUGGUCGUGGGUCUCUCCUUCUAUAUUUGGGGCGCUGCAGGUCACUUUGUGCCCGCCUGUCACCAGCAGCGAGAAUUCACGUGCAGCGAUGGCGCAUGCAUCUCCACCCUGAAGGUGUGUGAUGGACAUGCAGACUGUGAGGACCGAUCGGACGAACUCCACUGCAGCCAUGUGUGGUGCACCAAAGGUGAGUUUGCCUGCCAGAGCAGAAGGUGCAUAUCGAUGGAUUACUUAUGCAAUGGUGUGGAUGACUGUGCCAAUGGGAGCGACGAGACUUCCUGCAUGAACUGCACUACUGGUUUCUUUUCCUGUGGGCCGUCUGACGCCUGCCUGCCCAAAAACAGGGUCUGCGACAGGCGGACUGAUUGCCGAGAUGGACGUGAUGAGACCGGGGAGUUGUGUGGUUUAGCUCAAAUCCUCCCGCAGGCGUCACCGAGAUGUGCUGCGUCAGAGUUUCCGUGCAAGAACGGCCACUGCAUCCGUCACACCUGGAGGUGUGACCACUCGAAAGACUGCUCUGACGGCAGCGACGAGGAAAACUGCGAUCAGGACGAGUGUCUGGUCAAUAAUGGUGGCUGUUCUCAUUAUUGUGUGGAUCAGCCGAUGGGUUUCUUUUGCAGCUGCCCCGACAACAUGAAGCUGGUCAGUGACAGCCAGUGUGAGGAGGUGGAUGUGUGCCUAGAGCGGGACACAUGUGAUCAGCUGUGUGUUCACAGUAACGGCAGCCUCACCUGUGAGUGCCAGGAGGGCUACAGGAUGAAUGCAACAACUGGAGAGUGCAAAGCUGAAGGAGAUGAAGCUCAGCUGGUCUUCACCAGUUCCAAAGGGAUCCAGCUGAAAAACAUUAGCAGGUCUGAGUACAGGGAACUGGCACCGCAUGUGCCGGGUCCCCUGGCUGUCAUGAUUUCUAACCGCACACUGUACUGGGCCCAACAAGGAAGAGGCUCCAUUUACAGGAUCUCCUUGGAUAGAAAGCCACAGGAAGCUGUGUUGGUGCUGAAAGUUCAAGAUUCGGUGACCAGCAUGGCGGUGGAUUGGAUCCACCAACUUCUCUACUGGACCAGUAUAGAGAUGGGGUGGAUUAGCGUGGCCUUUCUGGAUGGUUCAGCUCAUCGUCGGCUCAUCGCAGGGCUUGAAAAACCCUCCGCAGUGGCCGUGGAUCCUCUCCGAGGGCUGCUUUUCUGGGCAGAUUGUGGUGUCUCCCCAAAGAUCGAAAGUGCCGGUUUGGACGGCCGCGACAGAAAAGCUCUGGUCACUUCCUCAAUACGCCAGCCUGUAGCCCUCUCUCUAGAUAUGCCUCGGCAGCUGCUGUACUGGUUUGAUGAGGGAAUGAGAAGAAUCUCAAGAGUAAAUCUAGACGGUCGUCAGCGUAAAACGGUGGUGGAGUCUAACGGCUAUCUGGACCGAGUGUUUGGACUGUCUGUGUUCGAGGGAUUUGUAUAUUGGAGUGACGAAGUUACGCGGUCCAUUUGCCGAGCAAACAAACACAACGGCAGAGACCUCCAAGCACUUCUGUCUAACGUCACCUUGCCAGGUGGUGUGCUCAUCAUACAGCCUGUUCUCCAACCAAAAGGACCCUCUGUUUGUGGACGUCCAAGGGCAGUUUGCCAUCACGAGUGUGUCAUUGACUUGCUGACUCAGGGUCCAAAGUUCAGCUGUGUUUCUCCAGAAAUGGGAAGAAACAAAACAGAGGAAAUUCCUGCAAUCUCCCGUGCAGUUCCUGCAACAGCUUUAUCGGAUCCUACAUUUUUGGGAAUCCUUUCUCUGAUUGUGUUCCUCAGUGUCCUGCUGGUGGGAAUGGCUGCGUGGUGGUGGAGGAAAGAAUUCCAACCUUACAGGUCUCUCACUGUGCAGAGCUUCUCCCUGAAGGAAUCCCAGGACCCCCUCGUCAUUCAAGAGCCACCGAUGGGUUCAGACAUACGUAUAGUCAAGGAAACUUUGCUUAAGCGGGACUUGGACGGUGAGUGAAGGUUUGACACAAGUGAUCAGCUGACUGGGUUUCUCCCGGUGAACCUGGUGGUGCCUUAACCCCUGGCAAAGACCUCAGAGCUGACAGGACAUCAAGGCAGCAAGCAGGCCUGGCUGAUUGUUCCAACUCCCCCGGAAGUUUAAAUCUGUGAUCUGGGAUAAAUAUCUGCAUUUGAAGAGGAGGAAAGGCCUUUGGUUUUCAGGAUAUUUUUCACAUAGCUCUAGCAACUCACUUUGUUUUUGUUAGAGUCAUAGUUUAUUUACUUAAUAUAACAUCAACUAUCUAGCAGCCACUUUUGUGCAGCACACGUUUUAUUACCAGUUCAGAAGCUGGCUGAGUUAAACAUUUCAACAUUCCUACCCCGGCUUAUGGCAUCAUUUGGAAUCUCAAUUCAGUUUAAAGUGACCUUAAAUAAAUACAUAAAGGGCUUUUUUCUUAGUCCAUUGCCAAGAAGCAAUGCCAACUGUUAGAAAACAAAUAACUGUAUUUAUCCCAGUUUUCUUUAAAAUGGAGUAAUAAGUUGGUUCAUUGGCAGCAGUACUGUAAUGUAGUUUAAGAAUUCAAAGGCAAGGGCAAAUAGGAUUUGUGUGUUUGGGGGUUUCUUCAUGUUUUUGUUUGUGCAUUGAUGCGGCUGUGGUUGAUGCUGUUGAAUGGUUGACAUGCUUUAUCUGAUUUCAGUCUCUUGAUCUGUUUUUUCUGUUGGACCUUAAAAAAAAAGAUCUGUUGGCAGAAACUGACAAACUGCUGACUUGGUUGGUUAGUAUGGUUAGUAUUUAUUUUGCAGUAGUAUUGCAACUGCUUUAGUGCUGCCUCUGUACUUUACAUAAUUCUGUUAAUUGCUAUAAAUGAGUCAAAUAAAGAAUUUUA